AUGGGUGUCCCAUCCUUCUUCCGCUGGCUGGCCGAGCGGUAUCCGCUCUCGCUCGAGCGGCUGCACCGGCCUUGCGGCUCGGAGGGCGAGGAGAGCCACGCAGGCGCCGGACCGAUCGACAACCUGUACCUCGAUCUCAACGGAAUCAUCCACCCGUGCUUCCACCCGGAGCACGGCCCGCCGCCCGCCUCGGAGGACGAGGUCUUUCUCGCAAUCCUCGCCUACAUAGACCGACUGCUCGAGGUGGUGCGGCCGACCUCGCUGCUCUACCUCGCGGUCGAUGGCCCCGCGCCGCGCGCGAAGAUGAACCAGCAGCGCUCGCGCCGCUUCAAGUCGGCGGCCGAGGCGGUCGCGCGGGAGCAGCUGCGCCGCGAGGUGGAGCAGGAGUGGAGGGACGUCGGCAAGGAGCCGCCGCCGCGAGCGGACGGCGGGGAGGGCGGCGGCGGCGGGCUCAAGGACUCAAACAUCAUCACGCCCGGCACGCCCUUCAUGGCGACCCUCGGCCGCUGGCUGCGCCACUACGCGUACGCUCGCAUC